CAGUAUAAAAGCACUGGAUUUCUCCCCAGCUGCUUGUCACACUGACCUGCACCAUCUCUCCACUGUCUGUGGGGCUUCUGUCAGCUAGUACUGGAGGCAAGAAAACUCUUUGGAAAAUAACACUUUACUGUGGUCAUGCCAGAACCCAUUAAGAAAGACGAUGAAGAGGAAACCACCCUGCCUAGUGCCUUACCACCAGAAUGGUCUAUAGGGGAAUCGCCUGCCAGUGAGGAACAAGACAAGCAGAAUGUCAAUUCUCAGUUGUCCACCCUGUUCGUUGAAAAACCUCAAACAGGAUCGGUGAAAGUUGGUGAAAAUAUUACCUUUAUAGCCAGAGUCAAGGCUGAAGAUCUUCUUAGAAAACCCACUAUCAAAUGGUUCAAAGGGAAAUGGAUGGACCUGGCCAGCAAAGCUGGGAAGCACCUCCAGCUGAAGGAAACUUUUGAAAGGCAAACUCGGAUAUACACAUUUGAGAUGCAAAUCAUUAAGGCGAAAGAGAACUUUGCAGGAAACUACAGAUGCGAGGUCACCUAUAAGGAUAAGUUUGACAGCUGUACUUUCGAUCUUGAAGUGCAUGAAUCUACUGGGACAACUCCAAACAUUGACAUCAGAUCUGCUUUCAAGAGAAGUGGUGACGGUCAAGACGAUGCAGGAGAACUUGACUUUAGUGGUCUCCUGAAACGUAGGGAGGUGAAACAGCAAGAGGAAGAACCCGAGGUCGACGUGUGGGAACUGCUGAAGAACGCGAAUCCCAAUGAGUACGAGAAGAUCGCCUUCCAGUACGGCAUCACCGACUUGCGUGGCAUGCUCAGGCGACUCAAGCGCAUGCGCAGGGAGGAGAAGAAGAGCGCAGCUUUUGCAAAAAUUCUUGAUCCUGCAUAUCAGGUUGAUAAAGGAGGCAGAGUAAGAUUCGCUGUGGAACUGGCAGAUCCAAAGUUGGAGGUGAAGUGGUAUAAAAAUGGCCAAGAAAUUCGGCCCUCUGCAAAAUACAUCUUUGAACACAAAGGAUGUGAAAGAAUCAUGUUUAUCAAUAACUGUUCACUGACAGAUGAUGCAGAAUAUUAUGUGACAGCUGGCGAUGAGAAAUGUACCACUGAGCUCUUUGUAAGAGAGGCUCCAGUUAUGGUGACCAAACAGCUGGAAGAUAAAAGUACUUUCUGUGGGGAGAGAGUGGAAUUAGAAUGUGAGGUGUCUGAAGAAGAUGCCAAUGUAAAAUGGUUUAAGAAUGGUGAGGAGAUCUACGCUGGUCCAAAAUCAAGGUAUCGAGUUAAAGUUGACGGCAAAAAACACACUUUGAUCAUAGAAGACGCAACAAAAGCUGACACCGCAGAAUACUCAGUAAUGACAACAGGAGGACAAUCAUCUGCUAAACUUAGCGUUGACUUGAAACCUCUGAGGAUAUUGACGCCUUUGACUGAUCAGACUGUAAAACUUGGAAAAGAAAUCUGCUUGAGGUGUGAAAUCUCUGAAUACAUACCAGGAAAAUGGACUAAAAAUGGCCUACCUGUUCAGGAGAGUGACCGUCUUAAGCUUUUUCACAAAGGAAGAAUACACAAGUUAGUGAUAGCCAAUGCCCUCAUUGAGGAUGAAGGUGAUUAUGUAUUUACACCAGAUGCCUACUCUGUUACUUUGCCUGCCAAAGUUCAUGUUGUUGACCCUCCUAAGAUCAUCCUGGACGGUCUUGAUGCUGAUAAUACAGUGACAGUAAUUGCAGGAAACAAGCUUCGUCUUGAGAUCCCAAUCAGUGGAGAACCACCUCCUACAGCCCUUUGGAGCCGAGCAGAUAAGGCUAUUAUGGAGGGUAGUGGCCGGAUAAAGGCAGAAUCUUACCCUGACAGCAGCACUCUGGUCAUUGACGUAGCUGAAAGGGAAGACUCAGGUGUUUACCACAUAAAUCUGAAAAAUGAAGCUGGAGAAGCACAUGCAAGCAUCAAGAUUAAAGUUGUGGACAUCCCUGAUCCUCCAGUGGCACCCAGUGUGACAGAUGUAGGAGAUGACUGGUGCAUCAUGCACUGGGAGCCUCCUGUCUACGAUGGCGGGUCUCCAAUCUUAGGAUACUUUAUUGAGAGAAAAAAGAAACAAAGCUCCAGGUGGAUGAGGCUAAAUUUUGAUCUCUGCAAAGAAACAACUUUUGAACCCAAGAAGAUGAUUGAAGGUGUGGCCUACGAGGUCCGCAUCUUUGCUGUUAAUGCCGUCGGCAUCUCCAAGCCCAGUAUGCCCUCCAAGCCUUUUGUUCCUUUGGCUGUAACCAGCCCUCCCACUCUUCUGGCUGUUGACUCUGUAACGGACAACUCUGUCACGAUGAAAUGGCGACCCCCAGACCAUAUUGGAGCAGCAGGUUUAGAUGGCUAUGUAUUAGAGUAUUGCUUUGAAGGAACUGACCACUGGAUAACUGCAAACAAAGAACUGAUUGAAAAGACCAAGUUCACCAUCCCAGAUCUGCCCACGGAUGCAAGGAUCUAUGUGCGCGUGAAGGCUAUGAAUGCGGCCGGCGCCAGCGAGCCUAAGUACUAUUCACAGCCUAUUCUCGUAAAGCAAAUCAUAGAGGCUCCAAAGAUUCGCAUCCCAAGGCACCUGAAGCAAACCUACAUCCGCAGAGUUGGAGAAGCCAUCAAUAUGGUUAUACCUUUCCAGGGAAAACCAAAACCUGAAUUAACUUGGAAAAAGGAUGGUGUGGAAAUUGAUAAGAAUGAAAUAAAUAUUCGCAACUCUGAGACUGAUACUAUCGUAUUUAUCAGAAAAGCAGAGAGGAGCCACUCUGGGAAGUAUGAUCUACAAGUCAAAGUGGGAAAAUUCACAGAAACCGCAUCGAUAGACAUCCAGGUCGUUGACCGUCCUGGCCCACCUCAAUUUGUGAAGAUUGAAGAUGUCUGGGGGGAGAAUGUUGCUCUCACAUGGACACCACCAAAGGAUGACGGGAAUGCUGCCAUCACAGGGUACACAAUCCAGAAGGCUGACAAGAAGAGCAUGGAAUGGUUCACUGUCAUUGAACAUUAUCACCGAACCAGUGCCACCAUUACUGAACUGGUAAUAGGAAAUGAAUAUUAUUUCCGGGUCUUUGCUGAAAACAUGUGUGGCCUCAGUGAGGAUGCAACAAGGACUAAAGAGAGCGCCCUGAUCGCCAAGGAUGGUAAAAUCUACAAAAAUCCAGUGUAUGAUGACUUCGAUUUCACUGAGGCACCCAUGUUUACUCAGCCUUUGGUUAACACCUAUGCUGUAGCUGGUUACAAUGCCACCCUGAACUGCAGUGUGAGAGGGAAUCCUAAGCCCAAAAUAACCUGGAUGAAAAACAAAGUUGCUAUUGUGGAUGACCCACGAUACAGGAUGUUCAGCAACCAGGGGGUCUGCACCCUGGAGAUUCGCAAACCCAGCCCCUAUGACGGUGGCACCUACAGCUGCAAAGCGGUCAAUGAACUAGGUGCCGCGGAGAUGGAGUGCAAACUGGAGGUGAAAGGUGGGCUUUCCUUCUGCAGGCUCCUCUUGCAAGGUGUGCCUCCUAACAUAAUUGAUUCAUAUUUGCGAGAUGUACAAUCAAGCACUCCUGAGGAAAACUAAGGGCCUGGGCACUGCCUCGCUGCACGCCACUGCUUUGAAAUCUGGUUGCAAUGAAAAAGCAUUUGCUGUUUUUCCACCAGGUGUCCAAGUGUGGUUGUUUUCUUUCCUCCUAAUGUUGAAAAAAAAAAAAGGUUUGCACAGAUUGCUUAAUUAAAAAUUGCAAACAAAAUUUCACAUGAAGUCA